UGUUUUUAAUUACCUUUCUUCCUCAUUUUCUCCAAAUUCAAAUCCUUCUUCUCAUCAACAUGGAUGUUUCUAGGAGAAGAACUCUGCUUAAGGUCAUUGUCCUCGGCGAUAGCGGGGUCGGAAAGACAUCUCUGAUGAAUCAAUAUGUUUACAAGAAGUUCAACCAACAAUAUAAAGCUACAAUUGGCGCUGAUUUCAUCACCAAGGAAUUGCGGAUUGAUGACAAGAUGGUUACCUUGCAAUUGUGGGACACAGCAGGACAGGAAAGGUUUCAGGGUUUAGGUUCUGCGUUCUAUAGAGGGGCAGAUUGCUGUGUUCUUGUGUAUGAUGUAAAUAUACUCAAGACAUUCGAGUCACUAAACAACUGGCGCGAAGAAUUUCUCAAGCAGGCUGAUCCUGAUGAUACUAACACUUUGCCCUUCGUAGUAAUUGGAAACAAGAUCGACAAAGAUGGAGGAAAGAAGCGAAUGGUUUCUGAGAGAAGGGCUAGGGAGUGGUGUGCUUCUAAGGGAAACAUACCUUAUUUUGAGACCUCUGCCAAAGAAGAUUACAAUGUUGAUGAUGCAUUCCUCGGCGUUGCGAACACUGCAUUAGCUGGUGAACAUCCACAAGAUAUUUAUGUCCCUGGUUUUCCAGAAACUGCUUCUGAAGUUGAACAGAGAGGGGGAUGUGCUUGCUGAAGUUGUUUUCAUAAGAAUACAAUUUGUUUUUCUGG